GAUAUUCGAAAUUUUCAGAAAUCACCGCCACUACUACGCAUCGCAUUAGCAAUGCAACAUCGAAAAUUUAACUUUCACUAUUUCUGGUUUUCAGUACAAAUCAGUUAUAUUGGCCGAGCAGUUGCGCGAUUUUUUGCGGUCGACCAAAUUAACCGAGCAUUGUUCGCUUUCGUCCAUCGAUUGAAGAUGAACUCGUUAUUAAUUGUAUACACAGCUUUGCCUUUGGUAUUGGGCGAAGUAUUUCUAAUUAAACCAGAAGAAGAAGCGCCUCUUCCUCCACCCAAACCGUACGCUUUCGGGUACGCUGCAGGAAGAUUUCCUGGCAACAUCGACAGGACCCAUUCGGAGGUAUCAGAUGGAGCAGGAACAGUUCAAGGUUCCUUCUCCUACGUGGACCCGAGGCACCAGAUACGCACCGUCGACUACAUAGCGGACAAAAACGGGUUCCAUCCCGUCACCAACUACCACGUGCCCGAUCUGCCGUCCGAUACGCCCGCCGUGGCGGCCGCCAAGGCGAGGCACCUGCUCCGGUACGCGGCCAUAGCGCACCAGCACCAGGAGGCGCCGAAUCGGGCGCCGACGCCGGUCGAUACGGCGGCCGUGCGGUACGCCAAGAGCAAGCACCUGGCGCUGUUCGAGAAAAUAGCCGCCGAACACGCCCGGUUGGCCGCCGAGGCGGAGGCCGCGAAAUCGCCGGACGGAGAGGGAGCUGCGAUCGAGGCUUACAAAGGGAAUUAUGUGUUGUGA